AGUUUGUUUUCCAUUUGGUUACAGUUUAAAGUUGCUGUUUUUUUAGUAAUUUGUGUUUUCCGAUUUUUCCAAAUUCAGAAGUUUUCCAGUCUGAAUAUGGCUGAGUUGGAACUGCCUUCCCGAUUGUUUGCUGAUAGAGAGGAACCGGCUGGCGAUAGAGUGAAUAUGUACUUCAAGCUCAACACGAUCAAGGCUGUGCUCAAAGCUCUUACGCCUGAAGAGAUUGACACCAUUAGGCCUUGUUUCGGGAAACUUCUGGAUGUGUACUCCAAACCUGUCUUCUCUGGCAAGUUGGCACACUUUCUUUUGACCCGUCAGCUUAACGUUGUCAAGCGACACGAGAUAUGGGUUGUUUUUGCCGGUAAACCGGUCCGAUUUUCUCUCAGGGAGUUUGGUUUGGUCACCGGGCUAAAUUGUCAGCCUCUUCCAGCCCUGGAUAGAGCUUUAACUAAGUGCCCUCCCGGUGUCACUCCGUACUGGUUCACUCUCUUUGGAGGGGAAGAAUAUUUCACCGGGGAGAUGUUGUUGGGCAAGCUUCGGAGGGCUAAGGCACUGACUAGUGAAGUGAGAGUUAAGUAUGCGUGUUUGUUACUUGUUGAUGGUUUUCUUUGUCGCAGAUCUUUCCACAUGAAGAUACCUAAGGAGCAUGUGGAGAUGAUUCGUGAUUUAGAUGUCUUUCUGAAAUACCCUUGGGGACGCUAUAGUUUCGAUAUGACAAUGCAAUGCAUUAAGUCAAGAUCCCUCAAUCAAUUAGCUCAAGUAACAGUUGCCAUUCAAGGUUUUAUCCAUGCUCUUGUUCUGGUUUUGGUGGAAGCUGUCCCAUCUGUUCUUUCAGCUGUUGGUGAAAUAACUGACCCAGAGUCUGGGGAUGAAGAUGUUUUUCCUGUUAUUUCGUUGAAACUCGAUAAAGUCUGGGAUCUCGACAAAGAUAAUAAGUAUGAUGGUUGGAAUUUUGUUUGUGUUAUAAGUUUCCGAUAUUAACCAUUAUAUCAUGUUUUAAUCAUUACAUAUGUGUUACAUGAAAAUUAUUUCCCUUUAUAUUACUAUUAUAAUUGAUACUACAUAUCUAAAAAUUAUUUAAUAUUUUUAAAGUUCGAUAAUGUGUAAACAUACGGCUGGUUUCUAUAGUAAGAUGAAAAACUCCUAUAUGUGUACUUGGCUUUUAUAUGUUAAAUGUCAAUCUGUUUGCAUUGGUAAUAUAAUUCUCAGAUUUUA